CCACCAAUACAAACUGCUCACCAUCACUACACACUCUCCUCCUUUAGUGGGAGCUAAGUGAGUGGAAAACUAAAAUAAAAAAUAAAAAUAGACUGUUAUCUCUAAAGUGAAGAGCAAUGGCAAUUAAUAGAGCUCUUUAUCUCCUCUCACUUGCUCUAAUAACACUAUUGCUUAGACCCACACUUGCCACCAAAAAGUCCUACGUUGUGUAUUUGGGAGCUCAUUCACAUGGAAUAGGACUCCAAUCUCAUGAUUAUGAUGCUGUCACAGAGUCCCAUUAUCAGUUUCUUGGAUCAUUCCUUGGCAGCUCUGAUAAGGCCAAAGAUGCAAUUUUCUACUCGUACACUAAACACAUCAAUGGGUUUGCUGCAAUCCUUGAAGACGAAGAAGCUUCUAGAAUAUCUAAGCAUCCAAAUGUUGUAUCAGUGUUUCUGAAUCAGGGGAAGAAGCUUCACACAACAAGGUCAUGGGAUUUUCUUGGGCUCGAAAGCAAUGGCGAAAUCCGAGCCGGCUCUCUGUGGGAGAAGGCUAGAUUUGGGGAAGAUACCAUUAUUGCCAAUCUUGACACUGGUGUGUGGCCAUCUUCAAAAAGCUUUAGUGAUGAAGAAUUGGGACCAGUUCCUUCAAAGUGGAGGGGAAUUUGCCAAAAUGAUUUGGAUGCCAGCUUUCUUUGCAACAGGAAGCUGAUUGGUGCAAGGUACUUCAGCAAGGGGUAUAGUGCCGUGGCCGGCCCACUGAAUUCCACGUUCGCGAGCCCGAGGGACACGGAGGGGCACGGGUCCCACACGCUGUCGACGGCCGGUGGGAAUUUUGUGAGCGGGGCGAGUGUUUUCGGGUAUGGGAACGGGACUGCCAAGGGCGGGUCGCCAAGGGCUCGGGUGGCUGCUUACAAAGUGUGCUGGCCGCCUGUGGGCGGGAACGAGUGCUUCGAUGCGGACAUCCUGGCUGCUUUCGACACGGCCAUAUAUGACGGGGUUGAUGUUCUGUCUGUGUCUCUCGGAGGAGAUCCUGUCCCGUUCUACAACGACAGCGUUGCUAUAGGCUCGUUCCACGCAGCGAAGCAUGGCAUUGCGGUGGUGUGCUCGGCUGGGAACUCGGGGCCGGACCCUGGCACGGUUGCGAACCUUGCACCUUGGCAGAUCACGGUUGGGGCGAGCACCAUCGACCGCCAGUUCUCUAGCUUCGUCUCGCUAGGGAAUGGAUUGCGCUUCAAGGGAGAGAGCCUUUCAGCGACGUCGUUGCCUCAGCACAAGGCGUAUCCCGUCAUCUCAGCUGUGUCGGCCAAACUUGCCAACGCGACAGCUGAUGAGGCGUUGCUUUGCAAACCGGGAACUCUGGAUCCGCGGAAGGCGAAGGGGAAGAUCGUGGUGUGUCUGCGGGGGGACAACGCGAGAGUCGACAAAGGCGAGCAGGCCGCCUUGGCCGGAGCAGUGGGGAUGGUGCUGGCAAACAAUGAGGCUUCUGGUAAUGAAAUCCUUGCUGAUCCUCAUGUUCUGCCUGCUUCACACAUCAUUUACUCUGAUGGAGUCACUCUAUUCUCCUACAUCAAUUCAACAAGGUCGCCCGUGGCGUACAUUAGCAAGCCAACGACUCAGCUAGGCGCGAAGCCUGCGCCUUUCAUGGCGGCCUUCUCGUCUAAAGGGCCUAACACCAUCACACCUGAAAUCCUAAAGCCGGAUAUCACUGCUCCGGGAGUGAGCAUCAUAGCCGCCUACACGGGGGCGCAGGGGCCAACCAAUCAAGGCUUUGACACGCGGCGCGUCCUCUUCAACUCGGUGUCGGGGACCUCAAUGUCGUGCCCCCAUGUCUCCGGAGUAGUCGGCCUCUUGAAGACCCUCCACCCUAAAUGGAGCCCCGCAGCCAUCCGGUCCGCCAUCACAACAACAGCGAGGACGCGCGACAACGAGUUGAAGCCCGUGACAAACGCGUCCCACGUCAAGGCCACGCCAUUCAGCUACGGAGGAGGACACGUGCAGCCCAACCGCGCCAUGGACCCCGGCCUAGUCUACGAUCUAUCCGUAAACGACUACUUGGACUUCCUCUGCGCCAUCGGGUUCAACCAGACGCAGAUGAAGCUCUUCUCGGAAGAGGCGUACGCGUGCACCAGAGCCGUUCGCCUCAUCGACUUCAACUACCCUUCCAUCACGGUCCCGUACCUCAACGGCUCGGUGACCGUGGCGAGAAGGGUGAAGAAUGUGGGGUCCCCGGGCACCUACAGAGCCCGCGUGCGCAGCCCACGUGGCGUGUCGGUGAGGGUCGAGCCGGAGACGCUCGUGUUCGGGGGAGAAGGGGAGGAGAAGGCCUUUAGAGUGACACUGAGUGCUAAGAAGUAUGGUGGUGUGAAGGACUAUGUGUUUGGACAGCUGAUAUGGAGUGAUGGAAGGCAUUAUGUUAGAAGUCCAAUUGUUGUGAAACAAAUCUAGUGAAAUUACCAAAUUUUUAUUGAGAAAUUCUUGCUACUUGAGCUUGAGGGGAUUGAUUCUUGCAAUUCUGAAUUGUAACUAUUUUUAUUUUUAUUUUUGCAUUUAGUGAAAAUCAAGGAGGUUAUUUUAAUUAUUUUGGAUUAUUAACUAAUGUACUUCCAAGAACUUGAUUGAAUAACUAUCAAAUUCUUCA